UGAACCUGAACUGGCAGCACCCUCACUCGUGGUCGUCAUGGAGGCAGCCGCCGCGAGCCGCGCCGAGGUCGACACCUCCCGGCCGUUCCGGUCGGUCCGGCAGGCCGUCGAGGUCUUCGGCGAGCGGUACGCCGGUGGUGGCAGCGGCGGCGGCGGCUCCAUUGCGAGCAGCGAGUCCAGCGUCAAGCUCAGCGCGCCUCCGGCAGCCUCGUCGUCCACGGUGCUGGAGCUGGAGCUGGCCUGCCUGAAGAAGCUGGAGGAAGACCUGGCGGAGGCCAAGGGCGAGCUGGUGGAGCUGAGGCAGAGGCAGGCCCAGAUGGAGGUGGCCGUGUCCAGCCUGAGCGCGCAGUUCAGCAGGGGCCUGGCCGUCUUCUCCGGCCUCGGCAAGGGGAAGGAGGUGGCCGUCGGAGAGGACGAGUGCAGCGGCCACGGCCGGGUCCGCAGCGAUCGGUGGGACGAGAGCCGGGCCGAGGAGUGGAUGGCGAGCCUCGAUUACCUGCCGAGCCUGUCGGAGGCGCUGGCCAUCAAGAUGAUCGAGGACGACCUGGGGGGAGACGGCAAGGGGAGGAACGCCAAGAACAAGGCUGCCAGGAAGAAGAAGCACAAGAAGCAGAGUGGGAUCUCGCUGGUCGGGGGCAUGUUCUGCGCCAAGAAAGCCAAGUCCAGGUGAUCCGAAGCCAGGCCGGGACAACACAUACACAUACUUAUACCAGAGAAGUUUUUUUAUUUAUGUUAAAAAUAACUUUUUUCCUACCUAAAUUUCUGCUGAAGAAUGUAGCCUGCCUCAUAAGCUGCAUUGCGCAGCAGUUGCCGGUCCGGAACAUGGGAAUUUCGCAAGGAUUUUAUGGGAGCAAUGCAAUGCUGCAUGGAGCGAUUUGUUUGGCUCCGGUAGAAAGAAAUCCUACAAAAUUCCUGGUUGUUCUUGAUGGGGAGCUGGCCCAAGAGAGUUUUGAAGUUGACGCUGCUUUGUAAUACCAGGUUAAUGUUUGUGCUUAGUAGUUGGUAGGAGAGGUAUGUCCUCCAGCCGCUAGAUGAAUUCCACCGGGUGUUAAAAUGGUCU